GCUCCUGGUGUGUUUAUGUUCUGAAACUGGUGGAUAACCGAGGUAGGGUACUUGUUCAGGGUCUUCCAUCCUACCUUUGAAGUCUAAGAACAGGGGACAUUCUUGCCAUUGCUGCUUGUCCCCUAUUCAGAGGGUUGGGGGUAGCCUGUGGGGCGACUUCUCCCGUAAAAUACUUUGUCGACCCAGAUCCUCGUAAAGAAACCACAUUCAGCCCCAUGUAGGACAGAGAAGGGUGGGUUGAAUGUAGGAAAAGGUAACGAAAGUGAACGCAGCCCUUCUGUUUUGGAAGCGGGUAAGUUGAGGUUUAGACUUUGGGGGUUUUGGAGGAUUCCCCCCUCUUUUCAAGCACAGUGGAGAAGGAAUGCCAAACCCAGAGAGACAUGGGGGUAAGAAGGAUUCAGGAGGAGGGGGGUCCUUGUAUCAAGAAGCAGUGUCCAGUAGUGGCAGUUCAAACAGCAAAGAGAGGCACCGACUCUCCAAGCACAAACGACACAAGUCCAGGCAUUCCAAAGACUCACCGAUGGGGGCCCAAGAAGCUGGAGCACCGCUCGGCAGCAUGAUCAAGCCAUUGGUGGAGUAUGAUGAUAUCAGCUCUGACUCGGACACCUUUUCAGAUGAAGCAGUCCUCAAGCUGGAACGCAGGGAGAAUGAUGAGAGAAAAGGGACAUCAGAAAGGAGUGACCGGCUACACAGGCAUCGGCAUCAUCAACACAAGCGAGUCCGUGAGUUGAUGAAAAGCAAGCUGGUAGACAAAGAGAAGAGGCUGGACAGGAACCAAGACUCCUCAGGCAAGUUGAGUUCCACUAAAGAAAGGGUGUCGGGGGCCUCCAAAAAGCUGCAUGAGGAGAAUGAUGACCAUUCAUCUAAGUCAUUCAAGAGCAGCAGCAAGGAGUCCCGGUCAGCCAAAUCACACAAGGAAAAGUCCAGGAAAGAACGAGAGACUAAGUCCGGUCACAAAGACCGUAGCAAAAGUCACCGGAAAAGGGAUGCUCCUAAAAGUUACAAAUCGCUGGACAGUCCAAAGCGGAAAUCCAGAAGUCCCCAUCGCAGGUGGUCAGACAGUCCCAAGCAGGAUGAUAGCCCCUCAGGAGCAUCUUACACGCAGGACUAUGAUCUCAGCCCUCCACGCUCACACACAUCCAGUAACUAUGAUUCCUACAAGAAGAGUCCCGGUGGGUCUUCACGGAGACCAUCAGUCAGCCCACCAUACAAGGAGCCUGCUGCAUACCAAUCCAAUAUGCGCUCUCCCAGCCCUUAUGGUAGGCGGCAGCGGUCGGUCAGCCCAUACAGCAGGAGGCGUUCCUCAAGCUACGAGAGAGGAAGUGGGUCUUACAGUGGAAGGUCGCCUAGCCCAUUCAACCGAAGGCGCUCCAGCAGUCCUUUUGUUUCCAAGCGGUCGCUGAGUCGAAGUCCUGUGUCCAGGAAGCCAGUGAAGUCUCGAAGUAGAAGUCCUGCUUACUCGAGGCACUCAUCUUCGCAUAACAAAAAACAGAGAUCUGGGUCCCGCAGUCGCCAUUCCAGUAUCUCACCUGCCCGACUACCAUUGAACUCCAGCCUGGGAGCUGAACUGAGCAGAAAGAAAAAAGAGAGGGCAGCUGCUGCUGCAGCCGCAGCAAAGGUUGAUGGGAAGGAGAGGAAGGACUCUCCUAGCGUUUUAUCUAGGAAAGAAAACAGUUUGGCUGAAGUUAAAGAGCCAGCGGUUGAGGCCAAAAAGGCAAAAACGGCUAAACCUGAGAAGUGCCCUUCUGACAUUGAGCCAGCAAAUGUCACACAGCACAACACAGAGACAAAAACUACUCCUGAGCCCCUAAAAACAAAGGCAGUAGAGAACCACGAGAAGAAACCUCCUGCUUCAGUUAAAGACUCGAAAGCAAUGGGAACAAAAGAUAUGAAACUUGCAGGCGGAAAGGAGGAAACUGUGACCCCAAAGGAAACUGAGACAGCCAAGCAAGAGGUCCCACCUCUUUUGCCUUCUGUUAAGUCACUACCUCCUCUGCCAACAUCGUCGCCCCCUGCUCAGGCUCCUCCUCCGUUACCCCCUUUGCCUCCGUCACCAGUUAUUCCCCCUCUGCCGCCUGCCCAGUCACCUGCCACUCACACCCCUGCUUUAGUUCCAUCGUGUCUGCCGUCGUCUACCCACUCCAGGACAUCUCUGACUACUCAGGCUAACUCUCAACCCACCAUGCAGUCCUCCUCAAAGGCGCAUGUAUCUGUGACAACUGCUGUUCCGCAUCUGAAAACGUCAACGUUGCCUCCGCUUCCUUUUCCGCCUGUCUUGCCUGGGGAAGAUGACAUGGAUAGCCCAAAGGAGAUUGUUCCCUCAAAACCUGUGAAGAAGGAGAAAGACCAGAGACCACGACACUUACUCACGGACCUCCCACUCCCUCCCGAGCUUCCUGGUGGAGACCCUUCCCCUCCAGAGUCUCCAGAACCAAAGGCAGCCACGCCACCUCAGCAACCAUGUAGAAAGAGACCAAAAAUCUGUUGUCCUCGUUACGGUGAGAGGAGGCAGACGGAAAGUGACUGGGGAAAGCGCUGCGUGGACAAAUUUGAUAUCAUUGGUAUUAUUGGCGAGGGGACCUAUGGGCAAGUGUACAAAGCCAAGGACAAGGACACAGGCGAGUUGGUGGCUUUGAAGAAAGUGCGGCUGGACAAUGAAAAAGAGGGCUUCCCCAUCACAGCCAUCCGUGAAAUCAAAAUUCUCCGGCAGUUGAUUCACCGCAGUGUUGUCAACAUGAAGGAAAUCGUCACAGACAAACAAGAUGCACUGGAUUUCAAGAAGGACAAAGGUGCCUUUUAUCUUGUAUUUGAAUAUAUGGACCACGACCUCAUGGGAUUGCUAGAAUCAGGACUGGUGCAUUUCUCAGAGGACCACAUCAAGUCUUUCAUGAAGCAGUUGAUGGAGGGGCUCGACUACUGUCACAAAAAAAACUUUCUACAUCGAGACAUAAAGUGCUCCAACAUCUUAUUAAACAACAGUGGGCAGAUCAAGCUGGCUGACUUUGGGCUUGCCCGGCUAUACAGUUCAGAAGAAAGCCGUCCAUACACCAAUAAAGUCAUUACAUUAUGGUAUCGACCACCUGAGUUGCUGCUAGGCGAGGAACGUUACACUCCAGCCAUUGAUGUCUGGAGCUGCGGCUGUAUCCUUGGGGAACUAUUUACAAAGAAGCCUAUUUUUCAAGCCAAUCUUGAGUUGUCCCAGCUUGAAUUAAUCAGCCGCCUUUGCGGGAGCCCCUGUCCGGCUGUGUGGCCAGACGUCAUCAAGCUACCUUAUUUCAACACCAUGAAACCUAAGAAGCAAUACCGAAGGCGACUACGGGAGGAGUUUUCCUUCAUCCCUUCUGCUGCUCUUGACCUAUUGGACCAUAUGCUCACGCUGGACCCCAGUAAACGAUGCACAGCAGAGCAAGCCUUGCAAAGUGACUUCCUGAAGGAUGUUGAUGUCAGCAAGAUGGACCCUCCAGACCUUCCUCACUGGCAAGACUGCCACGAAUUGUGGAGCAAGAAGCGGCGGCGGCAACGGCAGAGUGGGAUCGUGGUAGAGGAGCCCCCCUCAGCCAAGGUUUCCCGAAAGGAGACAGCCUCCGUAAUAAGCACAGAUGCUAUCAAGAAUCACAGCAGUCCUGUACAACCACAGCCUGCGCCGAUCAAAACACAACCUUGCGCUGUAGACUCAUUCGCAGGCCUUGGUGACAUCACGCAGCAGCUGAAUCAGAGCGAGCUGGCUGUCUUGCUGAACUUGUUGCAGAGCCAGACAGACCUUAGCGUCCCGCAGAUGGCUCAACUGCUCAACAUCCACUCAAACCCAGAGAUGCAGCAACAGCUGGAAGCCCUCAACCAGUCCAUCAAUGCACUCAAUGAAGCCACCACGCAGCCGCAGGACUCUCAGAAAGCGUCCGAAGAGGAAGCAGCUGUUGAGGAGCCGCCCCCGCCAGCCCAGCCGUCAGAAGAGCAAGCCACCCCGGAAGUGGCAAACACUCAGGGAGACAUGCAGAGCAUGCUGGCGGUUUUGCUGAGCCAGCUCAUCAAGACCCAGGAGCCGGCAGAAAACGUAGAGGAGAACAAUGGGGAGAAGAGCAGUGAGCUGCGGGGGCCACGGAAGACCCCCACUUUGCCUCAGGAGGAAACUACAGCCUGUCCUCACAUUCUCCCACCAGAGAAGAGACCUCCGGAGCCUCCAGGACCUCCGCCGCUGCCGCCGCCGCCACCCAACCUGCCCGAGGAGAGCAUCUCCAAUGCAGCUCAGGACUUUAACCCGGCCGUGACGGCUGCCCUCCUCCACCUUUUAUCCCAGCAAGAGGCAGGGCUGCCGAGCCACCCAGAGCACGAACCCCAAGCUGUGAGGCCUUCCUCGGAUUAUACCCGGUCGCAAAGCUCAUCCAGGACUUACAGCACCGACGGGACCGAGGGAAGCAGCUUCGACGUCGACGAGCGGAACUCCAGCCAGACUUUAACAGCGGAGACGUCGCCUCAGACCUUGGGGAAAAGUAGGACAUUUCUGGGCUCCGCAAGUCACCUCGGGGAGUCAAGCAGCUACCAGGGCGCAGGAUCGGUUCAGUUCCCGGGGGACCAGGAUCUCCGUUUCGCCCGGAUCCCCUUAGGGAUGCAUUCUGCCGUUGGCCAGUCCUUCAUCAAAGCCACCGAGGGGAGCAACAACACACUGGUGCACCCAGAGGCCAAAAUUCACAACUACAGUGAGGUGGGAGUGGCAAACGCUAGUUCUAGUGACACAGGAACAAGUCACACGUGGGGGAACCCAGUCCAAUCUGCUGCUUACGGAAAAGCCUUUCGCGGGCAGAGUAGAUUGCCUCCAAGAGGAGGUCGAGGAAGAGGGUUACCUUACUAAAAAUGACUGGAGAGGGGGGAAUUGGUACCUUUUUUUUCCAGUGGUGUUUUACCGUCCUUUUCCCCCUUGACCUUUCCAGCAGCCGGUUUGUCAGGGCAAACCAUUGCCCACCUCCAGCCCACCACAGAAAUGGUUUAUUGUUGAUACUUUCCCCUCCUGCUCCCUUUCUGCUCACCAGACUGCUGCUGCUGUUCUCUCCCCCACUCCACCGUGGGGCUUUAGAAUGAAGACCUUGGCCUUUUUUCCCCCCCUCUUCCUUUUUUUUUUUACAUCUUCUCAUACCCAAAGACCUACUGAUUUGGGUUUCCCCACUCAAAGAUGGCAGGAGAAGGAAAGAAUCCUUAAAGAAGUCAUAAUAAUAAAUUGGAAACAUGAACCGAAUGUGUUUGCUAGCCUUGAGCCAUUUAUUUGUGAGAGUGAGCCCCACUGAGAGUCUGGAAAAACUGAAUCGUUUCCUCUGCAGCAGAUUGAGGUGGCAGAAAGAGCCGUACUGCUCCAGAUUGCAGGCCGGAGAACCUACCUUUUUUGAAUCUAUGCGCGCAAACACACACUACAACUUGCUUCCCUGCACACAGAAAGCCUAGCACACCUGGGAGUGAUAUUGUAGCCCAGUCCCUCUCUCCAUUGUGCUAGCCUUGUUGUUUUCCAGGAGGCAAAAUGAUUGCUUUAGUAUAUAUAUUAUAUAUAUAUAUAAAGGGGGGGAAGAGGAGCAUUCAGAAAAGGACAGUUCUCCCACCCUCCCCCCAGUGGUAAAACUCAUUCUGCCGCAUCGUUCCGCUGUAUGUGUAAGAUCCAGCCUCAGUAUUGCAAAGGCAAUGCGUUGUUUUGUUUUCCUUUGCUUCCUUGAAUUUCAAGAUUUGUCAGACGGUGCCUACAUGCCUUUUAUACUGAAUUGGGAGGAUUCGGUUUAUGUUCUGUAAGAUCUGGGAUAUUUCUCUCCCCACCCCCUUCUUAGCCACAUCUUCUUCCCAUGAUGAAAAGACAGGAUGCUACCAUUCUUCUCCUGGCUAGCUGUCCCUUGUUUUACUGUGAAAGGCCUCGUGCUGUCUCAUACUCACCUUCCAGACCUUUAGCUGAACUGAAUUUCUGUAGUGUCCACGAGUCCGUUGACUUUUGGAUGUUUUCUUCUUCCUUUUUUUAAAAUUUUCUCUCUUAAGAAUGGUGAGUGUCUUUUUGUUGAAGUUCUUAAGGCCAAAGUAAAUGGCUGAAAAUAAAAUAAAAACCAAAAGCUUUGUAAUCCUUAAGUUCUUCGGGGUGGAGUGAGCUUAAGAUCAAAGCUGAGAGCGGUCGGGGCAGACGGGAGCCGAACAAGCAAGAUCGGCGUUUUCAAUCUUCCGAGUGGUUAACAAGUGCUUACUGUCUCUUGUGCGAUUUCGUUGUUGUCAAUGUUAAAAAGCAGCCUAUCCGCAGCUUUCCUCACUGACACUGCAGUGAGGAUCAGUUUAUAUUUAUAUACUUUUAACGGCUUUAGCAGUUCCACCUGCUCUGGUUAAUUUGUUUCCCCCUCAAAUAUUUUCUAAGACGUAGAUUUUUACUGUGAAGGACAGCAAGCCUGUUUUUGUUUUUUUGCGGGGGUUUUUUUUUCUUCCAAAAAAGUGAAAACUUGGAAGGGUGACUAAUUUCUCGGGGGGGGGGGAAUCAUUCUCCUUUUAAACUUGACAGUGUUCAAAGGGGAGAAGCAUGUCAGAAAUUGCAGGGGGCAGAGGGAGUUUUAGCUCCAGCUUCUGGUCUUUACUUUACAAAAGAAGAACGGAAUCUUCUUGCUUUCGUAUAAUACAAAAGAAAAGCUGCCUCUGUGUAGCACACUGCUGCUGAGGGCAGGGAAAAAUGCCUUAAAACACAUGGACAGGAGAGCCUGAUGUGGAACAAGGGAGUUGAAACGGCCUUUAGAAAGAGUUCUGUGGAGGUUGGGGUAGGCACUGUUCAGUAUAAUAUGUGCCACCUUGUAUUGACAAACAUACAAAAACCCCACAACCUGCUUCUUUCAAUUCUGCAAAGUGUAGUAAGCUUGCAAAAUUCCAAGUGUAAAUUUUGUAUGUGUGUGUUUUUUUAAUUCAGUUAUGAGUUCAUGCCUAACAUGCAAAGAAAAAAGAGAGAGAGUACUGUACAUGCAGAAUAUGGUAAAUAAAAAGGAGAGACUUCUCCCAGGCAUUUAUUUAAA